CUGGAGGAGGACGGAGAAGAAGAAGACGAAGGAGGAGAAGGAGGAGGAGGACGUCGGAGGACUCGCUAACGACGACGGCGAACGUCCUCGAGGGUGCGAGAUACCAGCACCAGCAACACCACCGACGACGAUGAUCGUGACAGGCGGCGAACGGCGUACAUGCUGUUGGAGGAGGAGGCGGCGAUUCGCGGCGGUUGCGGCACUGGCCUCCGUUCUACUUGGCCUGACGAUCGGUCCCGUACCGACCCAAGGACACAGGCCAGCGCCGAACAAUCCGAUCAUUCUUCAGACAAGCACCAGUACGACAACUACACCUUACUCGGUGCAUUCGGUGAACGGUACAAGUGACAACAAUAACAAUGAGUUGGACGUACACGCGGACGACGGAUACAACAGUACCAUUCAUCAUCACCAUCACAAGAAGGUCGGGGGUAACAUGACCGAGGAGAAAGCGCCCCUCUUCCCGGAAGAUCUGUUCACCAUCCAUCAACGUAGACGCGGUGCCGUGAUACUUCACGUAAUCGGUGUGGUGUACAUGUUCGUCGCAUUGGCGAUCGUCUGCGACGAAUUCUUCGUACCGUCGCUGGACGUUAUCAUCGAGAAACUGGAGAUCGCCGACGACGUUGCGGGUGCUACGUUCAUGGCGGCCGGCGGUUCGGCCCCGGAACUCUUUACAUCGAUAAUCGGCGUGUUCGUGUCGUUCGACGACGUCGGUAUCGGCACCAUCGUCGGAUCCGCCGUCUUCAACAUCCUCUUCGUGAUCGGCAUGUGCGCUAUAUUCUCGCGUACCGUGCUCUCUCUCACAUGGUGGCCUCUGUUCCGAGACUGCACAUUUUACAGCGCCAGUCUCAUCACCCUGAUCUGUUUCUUCCGUGAUAACUACAUACACUGGUACGAGGCCCUCGUACUCUUCGGUUUCUACCUGGCGUAUGUCAGCUUCAUGAAAUGGAACCAACCGAUGGAGAAGCUCGUCAAGAGAAUACUCUACAGGAACAAGGUGACCCGGGUUAGGUCUACCGAUCAGCUCAUGCCCUCGCACCAGAGCGCCGCCCAGGCAUUGCUCCAAAACACGACGUUUGAUCAAUCUACAGAGGGAGGAUCCCUAGACGAACCGGAAGUGUCGUUCGACCAGGUACGAUUCUCCCUUUCCCUCUUAGGCUUCGUAGAAGUCUUUGCAAAAACACUGGGGGUGGAAGGGUUAAUAAACCUAUAG